AUGACAGCGAACACUGAACAAGACGCGUUUAGUCAACUUCCCGAGGAGCUCAGGAUUAAGAUAAUCAAACUCUCUCCGGACCCUUUUUCACUACGGAGCUUGGCCCAUGCAUCGCCCGCUAUGGGCAGACUGCUCAACAGAUAUUCGCUCGAAAUUGCGGAGGUGGUCCUAGAGGUUACCGUUCCCUUGCAGACCCGUCGCCUGAUGGGCGCGGUCCUUAAAGCUCGGUUCUCAAGCUUCCCAGUAUCCUUGUCCGAGGCUCAAACUGUUGCUAAAACUGACUCGACUAUGGCCACCGACGAAAUGCGUUCGUCGGGACUAGACCGAGCCGCCGCGGCAGUACGGUCUUUGCUCACCACCGCCGCGAAUGUCCAUGCCUGGUCCCAUACCUGCCUCGAACAUUUGAUACGAAAAUCUAUGGAGCUAAGGCCCUCUACGCUUGUUAAAAAUGGGGAUGGCCGUACACGCCGGGAGGAAUUCGAAAACGCCGAGAGUCGAAAGGACUAUCUUCCACAGGAUACUGGCCCGCCUUCGUGGGUGGAGGAGCAGCGGAUGAUUAAAUCAUUCUGGCAACUGCAGUUCUUCCUGGAACUCCAGGGCGCCGGACACAAGGGCCGCCUGGGCACCAAUUGGCCGAGACAGGAAGUUGACGUGUUGACCCAGAGCAGCGCGGAUGGCUUUUACGACGUGUUCGGCUGUGAGCGGGAGCAGAUCUUGACCGCCUGCGAUUUUCUCGGCGCAGUCACCUCUGGGACGAUUACUUCGGUGGAAGCUGUCCACGACAACAACGCUUAUGGGUUGCCAACAAUAUGUUGGGUUGAAGGGGCAGUGCAAAGGUGUUCCUGUGCCGAGCCGCUCUCAUUCGAACGCAACAAGGACACCUUCAGUCAGGGACCAAAAAACCUCGACCAAACGCCAUGGUCGUACCGCUUUCAUCACGCCAUGUCCACCACCGAUGGAUGGCAUGAUGGGUACAUGCUUACACUUGUGUACCCCUUUCAGGCCUGGCGCAAAUAUGGGUUUGCCAUAUGGGAUGACAAGCGCAUGGUUGAUCUGGGAAUGCGGCACCCGAGAAAAGCGUCAGUUAUUAGUAACUCUAUACCUUACUCUUUUCGAUGGUGGAGCAUCUUAACGGAGGAAGACAUG